GAUAAUAGCAAGCCAAAAGAGACUUAAAGAGAGAAGCAUGUUGAAAUCAAGAAACAUGGGCAAAAGAAAACAAGAGAAGAAGUCACAAGAAGUGAAGUACCUUGGAGUCAGGAGGCGUCCAUGGGGAAGAUAUGCAGCUGAAAUCAGAAACCCUUUCACAAAAGAGAGACAUUGGCUUGGAACUUUUGAUACAGCCGAAGAAGCUGCUUUGGCUUAUGAUGUUGCUGCUCGUUCCAUCAGUGGCUCUCUAGCCAAAACCAACUUCUUCUACACUGAUAACAUCUCUUUACAACCACAGCCACAACAGUUCUUACAGUCAUCAUCAGACAAAGCUUUUUUUGCUAACCCUGUUGCCUCUUUGGAACCUAAUAUGAGUUUGGGAUCUUCUAGCUUCUGUUUUCAGCAAGAAAACAACCAUUUUCUUUCUCCUAAUCUCACUAACAGUUCCUCACACUAUUGUCAUGAUGAUGAUCAUGUUGGUAAAAGCAAAGAGAUUUCAUUACCUUCUUUGCCUAAUGAUAUGUCAAGCAGUUUAUUUAGUCGUCAGGACAAAAGAGAGGAAGAUGGCAAUGCAGACAAGAUGAAGCUUGGCUCUGUUCUCACCGAUGAAGCUCAUUCCUUUGAGUAUGACUUCCUCUUAACCGGCAUGCCACUUUCUCUUCUCAGUGAUUAUAAUGAAGAUCUUCCUCAGAUUAUUGGAUCUUCUUCAUCUUUUAUCUGAUUAGUGUUGUAUCUUUCUUUAGUAUUAAAGACAUGCUUCAAACCAGUGUUAUGUUUGAAUAAGGGAUGUAACAUGUUUGAAUAAAGUUUAUUAC